UGUCCAUGUUGUGAUGAACUUUGACCCUCCACAGAGCUGCAGACGGCAUGUUAGGACAACAAAGCCGCCAGAUUUUCGUCAGUUUCCGCAAAUAUGUGUCAUUUUAGCCGCAAAAUAACCACUAUGUAACGUUCUUCACGGUUUUAGGAAAUCUUUUAUUCCGAUUUGUUGUCCAGAGACGAAAUCAUGUGCCAAAAAAUCGCCUGAAAUAAUCAGAUCAAGCCUCAAGAUGGCAGCACCCCAACACAAACCUCCCACUGUGCCAUGGGAUGACUUUGUCUACCAGAACCUGCUGCAGUAUGGGGCAGUCACGGGCGUGGCCCUGUUUGGUUGCCAUGGAAACCUGGUCUACUCCCAUGGCUGUCUGUCAGAUGGGAGGGAGGAGCAGCUGUGGGGCCAGGUGAAAGACUUGUUCACAAAGCUACCUCCAGAAGAGGACCACCAGGUCAACAGAGUCCUCACCAUCCAUACGGGUCAAAGGUCAGCCGACUUCAGGAUCUACCAGAUGACGGAGAACAGCGCGUACGGCACGACGGACAGACAGCGACACGGGGUCGUGGUGUGUCACCUCCCCCUGGGGAUCCUGGUCGCUCUGCACGAGGAACGGUUUCCCGCGAGCAAGGCGGUCACGGUGGUCGAAAACUUCUGUGGUCUCUUGAGAGCUUAAGGUGGUAUCUCACUGCACUUGGGGUACUGGUGUGGCACUGCGGUGUUCGUUCACUGUGCCACUGUAGUUAUUUUCACCAAUUUCCUAUAAUUUAGAUAGUGCAUGAUACGUAAAAGUAUGACAAGACAACAAAGUACG